UCAUUAGUUUUGGGCAGAUUUUGUUUAUCUACGCGCAGUAAUGUUGUGAAAUUCUGGUUGUGAUAAGAAAUCGCUUCGUUUAUCUCCUGUUAAAUCGCGUUUAAAACUGCCGAAAACCGUUUAUUAAUAUGUAAAUAUGCACGUAAAAUUACGCUAAAAGCAGUCGUCCCGAUUACAACGGUAAUAAAUUUAGCAAAAUCGGCAAAACCCUCGAAAAAUGGCAUCGAACGACGAGGACGCUUUCGCUUCGGAAAACGACUCCGUUCCAGAAUUUUCUGCCAGCGAAGAUGAAUGGGAUCCGACGAAGGAGAACGCAAAAAGUGGUUCCAAGCCGGGAAGGAAACCGAACACGAAAGUCAAAAAACCGCCAGCCAAACCAACAAGAGUUUCGAGGAGAAUCGCUUUCCGGCUGGGAAAGGAGCUCCCGGAGGAAGAGCCGGAUCCGGUAGUCAGCGCAGUAGUAGAUCUGUCAUCCGAGACUGAAGCCGAAUCUGGUUCAGAAUCAUCCGAAGGGGAUGGAGAAAAGCUCAAAGCUCCUAAGAAAAAACGGGGAAAACGUCCGGCAGUUCGAAGGAAAAAAACGACCUGCAAGCCUAAACUGGUGGCCAGAGACGAACCGAUCAAAUUGACAACGUUUACGGUGGAGGAGCUCUAUCGGAAGUACAGGCCAGAUUUGGCAAACGGCACGAAGAAGAAUGUGAGCCCAGAAAAGCCAAAAGUUGUGGUGAAAAAGGAAAGUGACGACGAUGAGAGUAGCGGAGAUGAUUAUCUGGUUGAUCCGGGGGAACUGGAUUUGAAUUCCGAGUUUUUCCAAUCCAACAUGGAGCAGGAAGUGAAAAAGAGAGAACCUACGAUCCAGUUCGAUUGCAAUGCUGGAUUAGAUAUGGAGGACUCGGAAGAAGAGGACGAGGAUGAAGAGAAACCGUUGAGUGUGAUUAAAAAGGACGAUGAAAGCAGCACCGAUUUUAACAAAAAGUUAAUCGAACAAAUCAAUCAGUCCAGUCAGGAUUGCGUUAAUAUGAUAAAACUUGCUGAAGUCUCACAACGAAUGGAAAGGGAACGAAAGAAGCUGGAACUUUUGAAAAAAGAACAGGAGCUGAAGACAGAAAAGAAUGAAGAGGACGUUUCCAAUCUCUUAAUGACAGGAGAAAAAAUUGAAUUCAAGGAAUCGAAACCUACCGGACGAAACGAUUUUGUAGCUGUUCAAGAGAGAAAAACCAUGCAAGAUGAAAAAACAGUUCAAAUAACAUUGAAAUUCGAAUCCGCCGAAAAGGACAAGAAAGAGAAGAAAAAGGUUGAUCUCUUCACUGCCCUCAAACGAUUGAUGAACCGUGAGAAACGUCAGAACCAAAUCUGCCUCCACAAAGUAUCGAUUCUUUGCUGGAUAGGUCAUGGGACAUUUCUAAACCGAACGAUUUCCAAUCCAUCACUUGUCCAGCUGAUCGUAAAACGGCUCCUGCCUUCAACAAGCUGCCGACCGAAAGGUCUCACUAAUCUGCACUAUUUCCAGCAGGUAACCCAUUACUUCCGGAAAGUCGUUAAACUGAAAAACCACGACAUGUACUUCAGAGCGAAUAAGCUUCCUCCCCUGAAGGCGACUCUCAAGUACCAAAUCAUGCAGCGAUCGGCAUUUUCCAAGCGAGAUUACAUCCUACUUUUCUUGUUGAUGCUGCGCUCAUUGAACAUCCACUGUCGACUGGUGAUGUCCCUGGUAGUUCCACCAAAGCAGGUUCCCACCAGUGAACUCUACCGCAUGACCCCGAAAACACCCGAAGAUCUCCAAGCCGAUCGGCGAUUGAUGCUUGAUUUUAAGCGAGCUCCUCGCCACAGUGUAAUUUUCAAGGCUCGCGAAAAGCUCUUCGAGCUGGUUACCAAGAACUCCCAGCAAAUGCAAAAGGAUGCCUCGAGGAAGCGACGUCGGGAAGGAUUCAGCGCAACCAUGAUCCCCCAGCUGGAUGGAAGUCAUGAUCAUCUGUUUGAAGCUGUUCCUAAAGAGCUACCGCGUAAGAAGCUGAAACUUAUGGAAGGAUCUUUCCUGGAUAUCGAAAGAAAUGCAGGAGCGCUGAAAAAGUUGUCCAGAAAGUCAACCGAAGAAGACAGAAAGUUCUCGGAAGACCUGGACGAAGCGGUCCGGAGGCGAAGGGAGAAAAUCUUGGCAGCCUACCAGACCUCCCGGGAACAGAAGGAGUUGGCAAGAGCACGCGCCAAGGCGGAAGCAGCAUUGCUCGGGGAGGGAACCAGUUCGAUGCACCACCAGGUUGGAUCGCGAGGGAGGCUCAGUGCCAAGGAGGUGGCUCGCCGGAAACGUCCCGGAGUGGAUCUGUGGAUCGAAGUGUAUUGCGAGCACGAAGAUAAAUGGGUCACGAUUGAUAUCCUGAGCGGGAAGGUGCAUUGCCUGGAAGAUAUUGUGAAUCAAGCCACUGCACCGAUCUGUUAUGUGUUAGCCUGGAACAACGAUGGUUCGAUAAAGGACGUCUCCCCCCGUUACAUAUCUCGCUUGGGCAGCAAAAAGUCCAAACUGCGCGUCGAGGAUGCAUGGCUAGAGAAAGCACUGCUACCUUUCAGGGCGCGUCGUAAAACCCGCCGAGAUCGCACUGAAGAUCUAAAGUUCGAUAAACUGCUCAAUAAGCGCCCGUUCCCAGAGCAGAUCGGAGAGUACAAAAACCAUCCGCGCUUCGCCAUCGAGCGGCACCUGCUACGGAACGAGGCUAUCUAUCCACGGGAUGCCAUCGUUUUGGGUUACAUCAAGGAUGAACCGAUUUACCCGCGAGAUUGCGUGCAUGUGCUUUUCUCGCGGGAAGGUUGGUUGAGGCAGGCCAAAACCGUCAAAAUGUUCGAAGAGCCGUACAAGGUAGUGAAGGCCAAAGCUAGGUAUGAUCGUUUCACGGGAUCCGCGAUCACCGGUCAACAGAUGGAGCUGUUCGGGACAUGGCAGGUGGAAGACUACGAACCUCCAACUGCACAAAACGGUUUGGUUCCGCGAAGUGCCUAUGGCAAUGUGGAUCUUUUCAAACCGUGUAUGCUUCCCAAGGGAACGGUCCACCUGCAGCUGCCCGGUUUGAACAAAGUCUGCAAGCGAUUGCGGGUGGAUUGCGCGCAAGCCAUUACCGGCUUUGAGUACAAAAAUAACGCAUGUCAAGCGGUCUACGAUGGGUAUGUGGUUUGUGAGGAAUUCCGAGAUCAGGUCAUCGACGAAUGGUACCAGGAGCAAGUCGAACUUGAACGGAAGGAAGACGAAAAGCGCAAGAAGCGAGUCUAUGGCAAUUGGAAGAGAUUAGUGAUGGGACUGUUUAUAAGGAAGAAGUUGAAAGACCGUUACAAUUUCGACAACAUGUAGUGCAGCACAGUUUCCUUAUUUUGCGUUUAUUUGUGUAUUAUUUGUAAAAGUUAAUUAGCAAUAUAUGUUGAGCGUAUAUUUAAGUAUUCAAAACAA